CCUGCCCCGGCCCGGCCCCGGCGGAGGGCGGGCGGAGGCGGCGCGGGUGCACCUGCCGGGCGGGCCGGGCUGGGCUGGGCUGGGCUCGGCUCGGCUCGGCUCGGCUCGGCUCGGCUCGGCUCGGCUCGGCUCGGCUCGGCUCGGCUCGGCGGGGCCAUGCCGGCAGCCACGGCGCCCGCGCUGGACGCGCCGCGGACCCCCGCGCUGGGGCGGGACAGCCCCCGCGGACACGCAGGGCAGUGCCGCCACCUCCUCCCGCCCCAGCUGGGCACACUCCAGGUUGUCCACGGCAAUGGCACAGACGUGGGGACUGUGGUCAUGUUCCAGUGCUCCUCUGAGCACCAGCUGGAGGGACCAGGCAUCAUCACCUGCGUUUGGAAAGGGAACAGCACCCAGUGGACAGCCGGAGUGCCCUCCUGCAAGCCUAUACCAAAAUACGAGACUUUUGGCUUUAAGGUCGCAGUAGUUGCCUCCAUUGUGAGCUGUGCUGUCAUUCUGCUGAUGUCCAUGGCUUUCUUAACGUGUUGUCUGAUCAAGUGUGUGAAGAAAAGUGAGAGGAGGAGGACUCAAAGAGAUAUGCAGCUGUGGUACCAGCUGAGAACUGAAGAGCUAGAGCACAUGCAAGCUGCUUACUUUGGUUUUAAGGGAAGAAACAAUAACAACAACAAUAAGAAACUCCGGAAUAAGUCUGUGUUUGAGGACGUGGCUCCCAUGGCGUACGACAACCAAGGCUUCUACAGGUUCCAGGAGGAGUGGACUCGUGAUGUGGUGGCUCCUGGGCAUUGUAAAGGCAAUGAUCAGGUGCUGAAGCAGAGCAGUGGUGCCCCUGGGCCACGGGCUAUGCCCAGACACAGCACCACAGUGCAGACAGUGAAUUCCACACACGUUGUUGAAGUCUAUGGCCAUAAAGAUAGUUACAACAAACCAAGCUGCCAGAUCCCUGGAUAACUGGUGUCUGAAACACAACUGCUCCUCUGGACCAAAACAAAAUUUGGAUAGAAAUAUGUGCCUUAAAGACAACACAGAGAGUUCAUUAUUCGUUUGAAAGUUUUCUAUAUUCCAAGAUGGUUGUUUAACAGAAGUGCUUCAAGGUCUGAGACAAAUAAAAACAUGAACGUUGGGGCUGGCAGUUUGUAGCUGUUCUCUACAGUUUGCUGUGCAGUGGGACCAUGGCAGAAGCACAGUGUCCUUCUGUACAGCUGGAGAGGUGGUACCAGGUUUGUAUAUUUACCUCUUACAAAGUCGCUGAUGAUAAUUAUGCACCCGUCUGAUUCCAGCCUUCUCCGGACCCUUGGGUUUUGUAAAGCAUUCCAGAAUGAAAAGUCCCCUGUAUUUUUACACAGUAACGUGCUAGAACUACAAUAAAAUUUUGUUUUUAAUGG